AUACGUCAUACUAGCCACGCGUCGCGAAGGUAUAUAAAGGGCAGACCUCCGCUGCAUUUCAUCAGAACACACGUCAAGAACAACUACAGCGCAACCCAUCGCGUGUAACUGACUCCGGCCUUUGUUCGUCGUUUCUGUCUUCGUGACUUUUAUCCUUCCGGCCGAGCUAAAAAAACAAAACAAGCAUUUCGCAACUCUCCUUCCGUUACAAUGUCUGGACGUGGUAAAGGUGGAAAAGGAUUGGGAAAAGGUGGCGCCAAGCGUCAUCGUAAAAUCCUCCGUGAUAACAUCCAAGGUAUUACCAAGCCUGCUAUUCGUCGUCUUGCCCGUCGUGGUGGUGUCAAGCGUAUUUCUGCCCUUGUUUAUGACGAGACGCGUGCCGUGUUGAAGCUUUUCCUCGAGAAUGUUAUUCGUGAUGCCGUUACCUACACUGAGCACGCCAAAAGAAAGACCGUUACUUCUCUUGAUGUUGUCUACGCUCUGAAACGCCAAGGCCGUACCAUCUAUGGUUUCGGUGGAUAAGCAUCUCGAUGACUUCCAUUUUACUAUACCUUUUCCAUUUCAUGAGAGUGUCCUCUUUCCUGGAAAUGUGCAGGCCAUGUUUCCCAUUUCCCUAUGUAUCUUAAUCGUUUAAUGUUAUUCUAUGUGACGAA